AUGUGUACUAGUGAAUUAGCUGGUGCUGCCGACCACCAGAGGACGACGAGCGAGCAGCAGAGAAUGACGAGCGAGCAGAAAGUAGCGGCCAUUGUAGAGAAGAGCAGCACGAGCGACUGCGCGAAUGUCCCGAAGAGUGCGACAAGGGGAGGGUUGGAUCAGGGCCCGUCAAGUACGCGACUCAAGCUGCCCGGCGCAGCACCUCGAGCUUCCCCCGCUCCAGGCGCGAGGACUCCCUCCACUUCCAGCAGGACUCCCAAGUCAGCGGCAACGACCGCGCCGGGCACAAGCCGGCAGCAGAGUGUGGGCGUAUCUAGGCUCGCAAAACAAGGUAGCGGUGGUGGCGCUGUCGGCGGUGUUGGGUCAUGCAGCCAGUCGAAGCAUGGCGGUAGCACCGCCUCACACGCGGGAACGGCAGAGAGGAGCAAGAGGGCGGCGGCGGCGUCUGCUACCUCCUCUCACUCCCGUCAGGCGGCAUCGUCAGGGCUUUCGAGUAAAGGAGGCGCUGGGGUUGGCUCGUGCGGGGCGAGAGUGGAUCUGCACAGCCGCUUCGAGUCGUCCACAGACGUUGAGGACUCCAACGACUCGUUGAGGGACGCUGGGCAAUCGCGUCGUCCUGAAGAAGAAGAAUUGGUCGAUGAGGCCCAAUCGCAUGCGAGUUCUGUGAAUGGGGAGGAAGAGGGUGCGAUCAAGGCAACUGAAGGCCAGCGCGAUAUGCAGGGUACAGCGACGGCAGUAGUGCGAUUUGAGGAGGAAGACUCGGUGGUUUCCGCUGCCUCUGGCGCUGAGAAGCCCGCAGGGAAUGCACAUUCGCACGCGUCCGAGUCGGAGAUUGUGGCCAAGUCUGAGGAUGCGCCUGUAGGCGCGUUGCGCGGCAUGGUGGGGCGCGGAUCCAAGGCCAUGCGCGCGUGCGCGCCGUCCCCGAUGAAGCCUGCCGCCGCGCGGGAGCCGAUGCCGCCGCAGGCGAGCGCAGCUGCUGCUCAUCGAGGCUCGAGUGGGAGUGUGAGCAGCGCGCGCAGCUCGAAUGACACGAAGCAGCAUCAGCUGCGGGAGUGGCAGCAGCAGCGACAGAUGGCUGCGGCGUCCAAAUCCCGGCCAUCAAGCAGCGCGACCGCAGGAGGACCCCCCAGGCCGGCUGCUAGAGCUGGUGCGAACAUCGGGGGAAAGACUGGAGUGGGUCCGGGAGCAGCGGCGGUGAGAGCAGGAGUGCCGAAGUCGACGAGCCACUGCACGAGUACGAGUCUCGUUCCCGCUGGCCGCUCGCUGGUGCACGGUGCUGCGUCGUCUGGAGUAGCGGGGUCAGGGCUGGACGUGCUGCGAACGUCGUCUACGCGCUCCACUGGGACCUCUGCCGAUGCCGGGAAACGCGUGGGCUUCGCUGGUGUAGGGAGUGGUUACAAUGGUGGAGGGAAUUGCGGCACGGGUCAUGGCACGAACCGCGCCGCAGCUGCUACUGGGUUUGCCUUUUCCGCUGCUGCUAACUCUGCGACGGCGAAGGUUGCGAGUGCUGUUGCUCGCACUGUGUUUUCUGCGAAACCGCGGACGCUGAGCAAGGAUGUGAAGGCUGUGAGCACGGAGGGAUCUGCAGGUGCCUCACAGGGCAGUACCAGCGGAGCGGGAGGAGCUCCCAGUGCGGGUGCUGCUACGAGUACGGGUGGCCUGUUUGGGCUCAAGUUCACUGCGGGAAAGGCGGAUGAUCGUGCGGUUGUCAAGAAAGGCGCGCCUGCUGCUACCUCCAGGCGGGUCAGCGGCGUGGGAGCGAGAAAGGCACGGUUCGGAUUCGGCCUCGGCGGAAAGGCAGCACCAACUGCCAAGGAGAAAGAGGAGGAAGUGAAGGAGAAGGCAGGCUAUGGCGGUUCCAGUCAGGCAGUGGGGCAAGGGGGAGCGAAGCGGGUGGCGGCGGACAGCAAAGUGGCGAGCGGGAAGCAGAUUGUAGUGAGCAAGAGCGGUGCUCUCGCCAAGGAGAAAGCGCCGGGUGCGUCGACGUCCCCUCUCGCUGCGGCGCUGAAAGUGGCUGCUCACCACUCGAAGCUGCUGGGACUGGCCUCCAGGAUUCCUGUUCCGAAAGCGACGGGGAGGUUCGGGUUUGGCGGGAGCUCGUCCGGCGCGAAGGCUGGCGCGGCGAAGGAGAGUGAGAAGGCAGCGGGGAGGGUGGUGCACGGUUCGGGUGUGGGUGGUAAGGUCGAGGCGACGCACGGGCGGGCUGGUCAGCAGAAGACGCAGCAGGCCCACGCAGGGCCUUCCCAGCCCAAAGUCGAGAAGAAGCCGUCCCCGCGGGUGGAGAAGAAGGCAGGCAACGGCACCCACUGGGUGCCAGGGGGCGUGGCGCAGCCGUCCGCGCUCGCCGCGGCGGAUGCUGCGUUUUCCGCCAUGUCCACCCCGCGGAGCAGUGACGCUGGGCAGCAGCUGAGCCGUGAGAGAGAGGGAGAGAGAAAGGAGAGGGUUGGGGAGAAACUAGCUGGCAACGAUGGGCAAGCGGAGCAGCAGCUGCACGCUGAGCCGCAAGGGGGAGGUCUGACGGUUGCGUUGGGGAAGCUGGAGGAGAUGGGUGAGUGUGCGGUAGAGAAGACGGCUGGCGAGGGUGAGGAGAGUGGGGCGGAUGAGGGUCACAAGACGCCUGGCAGCAAGAUAGGGAGCGAGAGCGAGAAAGGGAGGAAGGGGCUGUCUCUGAAGGCGAUUGGGGCGUUUGUUGCUGGUGGGAGCCCGUGGAAUAAAUCGGCCAGGAAGGUGGCGGCAGAGAGGGAGAGAGAGGAAUCGGAGGAGGCGAGGAAUGAGAAGGAGAAGGGUGGGUCUGUGGUGUGCACUCCGCAAAAGUCGCCUGGGAGGGCUGGGCAGGUGGAGACGGGGGAGAGUGGUGCGAGUGUGGAGGCGGUUCAGAAGGAGGGGGAGAGGGGGGCGUGGGCGAGCACGGAGAAGGUGGGCGAGUGGGUGGGCGAGGUGCUUGAAACCGCAGGGACGCCCGACGGCUGUGAGCAAGCGGAAAGGAGGCGAACCCCUCCAAAAGAGUCAGAGCUGAACGCUGGGACCGUGGCUGUUCCAGGGGCGAUGUUUAUGGUGCCAGUGCCAGUCGCGGCAGCGGUGACAGGGGUUGCUACAACGGCAGUAACAACUCCAGUGGCGGUGGCUACUCCAGUGGGAGUGGCAGCGUCAGGUGGCGUGUCAGGAAGCAAGGGAGGGGGUGACAGCAAGCAGCGGCGCACCUCACCCUUGCCUCGAUUCCUUGGAUCCCCCAUCGCCAGCCUGUUCAAGAGCCCCAAGCGAUCCAACAAGAAGGCUCAGGAGGUCCACGUGGCAGCAAGUGGGACGCCAGCGACUGCCACAAUACGCCAGUCGUCGUCAGCAAUGGCGGAGCAGCAGCAGCAGCAGCAGCAGCACGAGGAGGAGGUGGAGCAGCAGCAGCAAAAACAGGAGGAGAGCUACCACGAGGCAAUGCCAACUCCAGCGGCUGAAAGCCCCACCCUCCCCAGAAGGAGCCUGUUCAAAGCAGAGCAGCUCAAGACUGACCUCUUCAAAUCCGACCUCGCCAGGAAAGACCUCUUCAAAGGGGCCUUCCCCAAGCCAGAUUUUCCCCAGGCACCUCUCUUGAGCACUAGUGAGCAGCCUUCUGAGGCGCCUCACAAGUCAUCCCUUCCGAGCACAAGCUUGCAGUCUGCAGCAUCUUCCUCUGAAGCGGGCAUGUAUACUGCUCCUGCCUCGCCUGAGGCGGAGGAGGAGAGCAAGGAGGGACAGGAGGGCGAGAGCAGGAGCAUACUUUCUCAGAAGGGUGGUAGUGCGAGCAGAGGCAGGUCGCUGGGUGCGUCUGGCAGGGGUAUGUUCACUGCUCCUGCGUCCCCUGAAGCGGAGGUGGAGGGGGGAGGGGAGAUGGGGGAGAAGGAAGAAGGGGAAAUUACUCCUCCUGGGAGCGCGGCGAAGCAGGGGGGAGGGGAGAUGAGGGAGAAGGAAGAAGGGGAGAUUACUCCUCCUGGGAGUGCGGAGAAGCAGGGGGGAGGGGUGAAACGGGCAAAGGCAGCGGUGGGGGCGGAAGGGGAGGAUCUAGAUCCGUUUAUGAGGAAGGUUUUGGAGGCGGAGGCGCUGGGCGUGGUUGCUCUCGAGAAGAAAGGAGGGAGGGUACUUAACUCGCCAAUGAUGACCAAGCAGCCAUUACCGCCCAGAAAUCCCUGGUCACCUGUGCGCAAGGCAGAGGUGGGCCCGUACGACUGCACCAAGAAGUCUCUAGCCGCCUCGCUAGACAGCUUCUCCCUCCCCGCCAGCAGCUCUGGAGCUUCCAACUUCUCAGUCACUGGCAGGAUUGGCAGUGGUAGCGGUGCUGCUGGGUUUCCUGGUGUGGGGCAUGCGGGCAUGCGCAUGUCCUAUGGGCAUUGA